AACCAUUAAAAUCUCAUCCAUUCAAUCCAUAAUCUAAAACAUCCCUCUCUGGCCUCUAACCACUUCUUCUAACUCUGUCCUGCAAUAGCGCUUCAUUACCCAUUUCUACAAAACACUCUCCUCUUCCAUUUAUCUCCUUUUCUUCUUUAAUUUCUUAAUAUCACAACCAUGGCAGCUGCAGUAACUGCUGCAGUCUCCUUUCCCUCUUCAAAGUCCACUUCUCUCCCUUCAAGAACCUCCUCUAUCAUAUCUCCAGAAAGAAUCACCUUCAAGAAGGUCCCUGUUUAUUACAGAGAUGUUUCUACUGGUGGGAGAGUGGUUUCUAUUAGAGCCCAGGUCACUACUGAGGUUGAGGCCCCUGCUCGGGUUAAAAAGGAAUCAAAGAAAAAUGAGGAAGGUGUGACUGUUAACAAAUUUAAGCCUAAAAACCCUUACAUUGGUAGAUGCCUUUUGAACACUAAGAUCACUGGUGAUGAUGCUCCUGGUGAAACUUGGCACAUGGUUUUUAGCACUGAGGGAGAGCUUCCCUACAGAGAAGGGCAAUCCAUUGGGGUGAUUCCAGAUGGUAUUGAUAAGAAUGGGAAGCCUCACAAGCUUAGGUUGUAUUCAAUUGCAAGCAGUGCUCUUGGUGACUUUGGGGACUCCAAAACUGUUUCUCUUUGUGUAAAGCGGCUUGUGUAUACCAAUGAACAAGGAGAAAUUGUAAAAGGAGUCUGCUCAAAUUUCUUGUGUGACUUAAAACCUGGAGCUGAGGUAAAGAUUACUGGACCAGUUGGGAAAGAAAUGCUUAUGCCUAAAGAUCCCAAUGCCACAAUCAUCAUGCUUGCAACUGGAACUGGUAUUGCUCCUUUCAGAUCAUUCUUGUGGAAGAUGUUCUUUGAAAAGCAUGAGGACUACAAGUUCAAUGGUUUGGCAUGGCUCUUCUUGGGUGUCCCCACAAGUAGCUCAUUGCUUUAUAAGGAGGAAUUCGAAAAAAUGAAGGAGAAGGCCCCAGACAACUUUAGGCUUGACUUUGCUGUAAGCAGAGAGCAAACAAAUGAGAAAGGAGAAAAGAUGUACAUCCAAACUCGCAUGGCACAAUAUGCAGAAGAACUCUGGGAAAUGCUAAAGAAAGAUAACACUUUUGUCUAUAUGUGUGGAUUGAAGGGAAUGGAAAAGGGAAUUGAUGACAUAAUGGUCUCAUUGGCAGCUAAAGAUGGCAUUGAUUGGUUGGAAUACAAAAGGCAGUUAAAGAAAGCUGAGCAAUGGAAUGUUGAAGUCUAUUAAUGUGCACAAUUACUUGUACAAAUUCCUAUUUUUGAUUAUUAUGAUAUAUGUGAUUUUCCAUGCAUUGUGUAGAUAGGUAAUGUGACUGUAAUUUAUCAAUAAAAAUUUUUGCCCUUUUUUAUAAACAAGGUGAAUGUAGUACUAUGGCUCUUAAUAGAACUACUUACUUCUAAAGGAAAAUGGAUUUACACAAAUUACAAUGAAUGAAGCCAAUUUCUAUUAGAUCA